AUGACGAUCUACAAGGCUUUCUCAGCUGUUGUGCUGAUGAAGGGUGUUGCUGCUGGCUCUGUUCCGAUGAUAUCGCCUGUCCCGAAGCCACCCUUUAGAAAUGGAACGGAGCACAGCACGGCCGAGACCCUCGUGACCACUAUCACUUCUGACUACUCAUUCUAUUGUCCUGAACCUACCACGUUUCACCAUAAAAACCUCACUUACACGGCCACGGAGCCAACUUAUUUGACCAUCACAAACUGCCCGUGUACUGUCACUUACACGCAGAACACAAAGCCCUCUGGGACAGUCGUCUAUCCCACAGCCACCCCUAGCCAGCCAAUGCCCCCCAAGCCCCCGGUGAUGUCCUCAUCUACUCCUGCACCACCACUGCCUCCUGGAAAACCGGUUCCACCUCCUACCAAAGCUACACCCUCUCCGACAAAAGCUACAGUUCCAGCUACUGGUACCCUGCCACCUCCUCCUCCCCCCUCUAUCCCCGGACAACCGGCUGUUCCUCCAUCUCGAGCUGCCCCACCCCCAGUCAACCCUACUGGUACUAUCGAGGCUUCUGUGCCUUCAGCCGCUGCUAAUAAGGUGUCUGGAAGCUUUGGGGCUUUCGUAUUGGCUGGUGUUGCAGCUUUGGCCAUGUGA